UUGUUACCAAAUCUUUCAGCAACUUCCUUCUGCAAAAUGAAGAUCUUUUACUAUCUCCUCCAUUUUCUGUGUUAUGUGUCCUUCAUUCUACCAGCCACAUGUACCUUGGUGGAUCCUAAUCGGUGCUCACAACAAUUUGGUUACUGUAGAAGACACUGCUUUAAAAAUGAAAAGCAAGUUGAUAUAUGUCUCUCACCAAGUAAAAUUUGCUGCGUUGAGAGGUUGUUUGAAGAAGACUAAUCUUGAAGAUGUACCUGUGACCAAAGAAGUUCAUACACCAGUGUAGAGAGGUAUAGGAAUAUAAUCAGAAUUUCUGUAAUAAAGAAAUACAUAAGCCAA